GCACAUCCUCCAAUGACAGCUCGACUUCAAAACACUCCAAGAUGGCGGCUUCCAUUGCUGUGUUUUACGCGCUCCAUUAAUUGUAAUAAAACAGCAUUACUGACAUCUAAUACAGCUGCAAUUCCGGUUUUGCCAUGUAAAUCAGAACCGUCAUCUGUUACAGAUUGUUUUUCAGUCUUUUCCAAUGGUGAGCUCGUUUAGAAAAUCGUACGCAGGGUCGGAGUGAGAUGAAUCCGGGCACUUCUCCGAGCAUGGCCAACGAUAAUAAAAUUCAGUUUUGGAGGAGAAACGCCAAGGUUCCUGGGAGGUUUUUGAAAGACGCCCCGAAACCGAACGCGCUGCCCGCGAAGUCCAAGAAGGCCUCCAGCUUCCACGAGUUCGCCCGCAGCACCAACGACGCCUGGGACAUCGGCGACGACGAGGACGAGGACUUUUUGGCCGCCGCCCGUCUGUCGACCCCGCCCCCCCCGCCGCCGCCUGCGCCCCAGCCCCCUCCGCCGAACUCCUCGGAUGACCUCGAUGCCCCCGACGAGCCGCCGACGGACGACGCCGGGGCGCUCCCGAAACCGGAGGGUGGGCGGGACCUGGCCAAGAUUGACAGCAGGCCGACCAAUGGGAGGGUGGUUAAGUCCUGCAGCGAGGCGCAGCUCAGCACUGCUAAAGUUCGCACGCCCAUCCAGAAGCAGCAGUCGCUCCCCAUCCGGCCCAUAGUCCCGCUGGUCGCCCGCAUCUCGGACCAGAACGCCUCCGGGGCCCCGCCCAUGACGGUCCGGGAGAAGAGCCGCCUGGACAAGUUCCGGCAGCUCCUGGCGAGCCCCAACACGGAUCUGGACGAGCUGCGGAAGCUGAGUUGGUCGGGGAUCCCCAGAGAAAUGCGCCCCAUCACCUGGAGGCUCCUCUCGGGUUAUCUUCCUGCCAACAUGGAGAGGAGGGAUUUGGUUUUGAAGAGGAAGAGGGACGAGUAUUUUGGCUUCAUUGAGCAGUAUUACCACUCCAGGACUGACGAGAACCACAGGGACACAUACAGACAGAUCCACAUCGACAUUCCCAGGACGAACCCUCUGAUCCCCCUGUUCCAGCAGCCCCUGGUGCAGGAGGUGUUUGAAAGAAUCCUGUUCAUCUGGGCCAUCCGCCACCCUGCCAGCGGCUACGUCCAGGGCAUCAACGACCUGGUCACCCCCUUCUUUGUGGUCUUCCUCUCCGAGUUCGUGGAGGAGGACGUGGAGAACUUUGAGAUGGCCGGCCUUCCUCUGGAGUGUCAGAGGAACAUCGAGGCGGACAGCUUCUGGUGCAUGAGCAAGCUGCUGGACGGGAUACAGGAUAACUACACUUUUGCCCAGCCGGGGAUCCAGAUCAAAGUGAAGGCCCUGGAGGAGCUGGUCAGCAGGAUUGAUGAGGACGUGCACAGCCACUUCCAGAGGUACGAGGUGGAGUACCUGCAGUUCGCCUUCCGCUGGAUGAACAACCUGCUGAUGAGGGAGCUGCCCCUGCGCUGCACUAUCCGCCUCUGGGACACUUACCAGGCAGAGGCUGAGGGGUUCUCCCACUUCCACCUGUACGUCUGCGCUGCGUUCCUCAUCGAGUGGCGAAAGGAGAUCCUCUCCAUGGUGGACUUUCAGGGCCUGCUCAUGCUCUUGCAGAACCUUCCCACAAUCCACUGGGGCAACGAGGAAGUCGGACUGCUGCUCGCCGAGGCCUACAGGCUCAAGUACAUGUUUGCCGACGCGCCCAAUCACUACCGGAGAUAGGCCAGGCCGCCCGCCAAUCAGGCCGACCGCCAAUCAGGCCGCCCGGACCCUCGAGACUGACACACCCACGGACACAAAAAAAACGAAAAAAAAAACCCACUCACAAAACGUGCUCUGCUGUGAAACGGAUUCUCCUUCCUGUUGCUGAAUCAACUCGUGUGCACGCGUGCGUGAUGCGUACACACGUGAGCGUGCGGGUGCACGCGUGCGUGAUGCGUACACGUGAGCGUGCGGGUGCACGCGUGCGUGAUGCGUACACACGUGAGUGUGCGGGUGCACGCGUGCGUGAUGCGUACACACGUGAGCGUGCGGGUGUGGACAAAAACACACCGGCAGACCCACAGGCAAAAAAGGAGGACCUCACAGAGAGCACGGUGGACCCCCCGGCCCCCAUUUUAUCCACUCCUCCCCUCUCAUUGGUUCAUUGUCAGGAAUAAAAUAAAAAAAAAGUGUGAGUGACCAAUCCCCCCCUGGAGGAGCUGAAGUUUAUUUCUCAUAGAGGCCCACAGUCUUGAACCUCAGCCAGCUUGUCUGUUACAGUCAGAGUCGGGAGAAAUCGAAGGCGGUCUUUCCACGGUCAGCCGCCCAGGAGACGCGGGACCACGGUCCCACGGACCCCCUUAAUGAGCGCAGGUCGCGCUCCGCCAUCGACUCGCCCGCUUCGACCAAUCAGUGUUUCGCCGCACAAGAGCAAAGGGGCUCCACGAAGCCCGUGGCUUCCGUCGCCAUGGCGUCUCCACGCGUGGUGCGUUCUGGAAGCCCCCCCAAAACUUGCUAAUCAGUCGGUGCUUUUUUCGACCGUGGGACACCGCGAAGACCUCACGUGACCGGAGGAAAGACGAACCGAGAAGGAAACUCAAAAUAGACUCGUUUGGUCGAAAGUGAAAAUACGAGACUUGCGUUCUUUGCUUGGAGCUGAAGGACGUUUUCAGGCGUGGUGAUGUCAUCUCCAGGGAUACUCCGCUCGCUCCGAGUCUGCCCUGCCACGCGGCGGCCAUUUUGUCACACUCCACUUUCCGUGUUUCUGUGUUCCUUCGCUGGCGUUUGUGUUUCUGCUGCCGCGAGACCUUCCUACCACAGCGGUCGGGAGAGGGGCGUGGCUGGGGUCCCUCUUCCCUCCGACGGGAACAGGGCGUGGCUAUGGCGGGAUGGCCGGGGGGGCGGGGGGGGGAGGGGGGUGUCUGUACUUGAGGAUGAGCAGGAAGCGCAGCUGCGACCUCCUACUGUAGACCUCCUCCAUCCCAGACUGCACUGCGUCUGCCCUGUCUCAGCCCACUGGCCUGUGACUCAGUGUGUGAAUGUAUCCGCCAUCUCCGCCAUUUUGAAAAAAGGUACCCUCUCUGCGUGGGGUCCUAUCACGUGCCCUUGCAAGAGACACUUUCAGAGUUUAAAAAUAUAUAUAUUAUUUUGCUUUGGGGUUAACUUCUAAUGAUUUUUAUUUUUUUACCUUUAUUUUCCUUAUAAUAUGUGUAAUAAUAUUAGAUAAUUAAUAUUAGCUAUUAAAAUUGAAAUAUAUGUGUAGGCAUUUAUGUAUAUAUACAGUGAGUGCCAUAAUGUUUGUAACAAAGCCAUAUUUUUUCUUGAUUUAGCUCUGUACUCCUUAAUUUUACAUUUGUAAUGAAACGAUUAAUAUGUUCUUAAAGUGUAAGUUCUCAGGUUUUAUCAAGAUUUCAUAAAAAAGCAAUUGAACACGUCUGACUAAUCAGAAACCCCUGUGAAGCCAUUUGUCCCAAACAUUAUGAUGCCCUGAAAUGGGGAGAGCUAUGUAUAAAAAGGGCUGUUAUUUCUGUAUGGUGAAAUUUAUUAGAAUACUGUUUAAUAAAAGCCGAGAAUCCACACUUUAACCACAUACUGUAUGAAUUGUUUUAUUACAAUUGUAAAAUUAUGGAGUACAGAGCUAAAUCAAGAAAAAAAUAUGGCUUUGUCCCAAAUAUUAUGGUGUUCACUGUGUGUGUGCGCGUGCAUAUAUAUAUAUAUAUAUAUAUAUAUAUAUCUGAGAGAGAGAGAGGGAGUUCGACAAUGCUACAGAGCAGUUUAAAUUAAUGCAAUUCAGUGGGGAAAAAUUAAUUUCUGGUCCAUGACAGAGGAGGCUGAAUUGGCACUAAUUGCAAGUGGUCCCUUUUUUUUUCUUUUGCUUGUGAGAAAUGUGAAGCUGCAGAUAUAGUGGGCUGUGGGCAUUAGACGGUGGUGUGUUGGGUUUAAUUUAAUUUUUUUUCCCCUUGGAAACAACCUGCAGCACGCAGUCGCGAUCCCUCAGCGAACCAGAAAAAAAACAGCAUGUUUACCGCGAGCGCAGAAAGCUCCACGUGGUGCUCUGUUCAGAACCCAUCCCUCUUGAGAGGGUGGCCCUGGUACGCCGAGAUUGGAGAGGACUUCUGCAGAACUUCUGUAGGAAGUCUCAGUCAUUCCACUCUGAAGCCUCGCUUCUGUAGGAAGUCUCAGUCACUCUCCUGUGAAGCCUCACAUCUGUAGGAAGUCUCAGUCACUCUCCUGUGAAGCCUCACGUCUGUAGGAAGUCUGUCACUCUCCUGUGAAGCCUCACAUCUGUAGGAAGUCUCAGUCACUCUCCUGUGAAGCUUCACUUCUGUAGGAAGUCUCAGUCACUCUCAUGUGAGGCCUCAGUUCUGUAGGAAGUCUCAGUCACUCUCCUGUGAAGCCUCACAUCUGUAGGAAGUCUCAGUCACUCUCCUGUGAAGCUUCACUUCUGUAGGAAGUCUCAGUCACUCUCCUGUGAAGCUUUACUUCUGUAGGAAGUCCCAGUCACUCCUGUGAAGUCUCACUUCUGUACAAAAUCUCUGACACCCUGUGAAGCCUCACUUUUGUAGGAAGUCUCAGUCACUCCUGUGAAGCCUCACUUCUGUAAGUAGUCUCAGUCGGUGUGGAACGUUUCCAACUUGCAUCUGCUUGUGUGAAACUUGAACCCAAGCCUGCCCUGAUGAGAAUAGGUCUAGGAUGUCCAACCCUGUUCCUGGAGAUCUACCAUCCUAUAGGUUUUCACUCCCAACCCUAACAAAUCACUCCUCAUUCAACAGCUAGAGAUCUCAUUGAGCUGCUAAAUAGUACAAUGAGGUGUUCCAAAUUAGGGUUGAAAUUAAAACCUACUAGAUGGGAACAGGGUUGGGCAGGCCUGGUAUUUGCCCUCAUUGGUCCAGCCAGUUCCCACGUCAUUGGCCUCUUCAGUCACAUGACACAGUCCCCUAUAACCGCAUGCACCUAGCCUUGGUCUUGGUCAAUUUACAAUGUUAAAUUGCUUUGUAAUUCAUGGAAGAAGUGUGGGCGUUUAUGGUACGUUCUAGACAGUGAUGCCCUGACUAGGUUUUGUUGACCACUUCCUGAGAACGAAAUGGGUCCCAUUAAUGGACCCUAAUGGACCAAUGCAAAACUGUUUCCCAACUGUUAAAAAACGAAGCUUUUGAUAUUUCUGUUGUAGCUGAUAAUCAGCACGUGCUACGUUAUGUGUGGAAUUAGGAGCAAAGCCUUGAACUUUGGUGUUUAAAUAAACAAAGAUGGAACAUGAUUAGAGUUCAAAAUAGGUACAUACGUACAGCGUACACCUCUGCACCCUCUCUCGUUACUUUCUGCUAUGCUACUGACUCCUGCUCUUGUACACUGCACCUCCCAACAGACAACAUGAACACUGAAAACCACCACCACUGAAAUGCGGCAAAAGCCUCGUUUAACUCAUUCAGACCCAAAUUAAAUACGCCUUUUCAAAUCUGUAAAGUGGAAUUCAGUAGCACCAACAAAUGUACUGUAAUGGUGACAGCAGGCCUGGUCCUUUGAUUCUCUAGCCACGUGAUUACAGAUAAGGAAAUUUGCAAAUAUUUCCUGUUUCCUCCGGAGGGAAAUAUCCUGUGUACGCGUUCUCUCACUUGGAAGUUCUGACGUUUUUUUUUUUUUUUUGAGCGGAAAACAUUGAGUCGGUGCAUUUUAUCAUUUGCUACAGUAGGUAUUGUAGCGGUUUUGCUUGUCUUUCAUUUAACAAUUCAGCAAUCGCACCUGCCGACAGUGACAAGAUUUAAUAUUUACAAGGGUUAGCUCAUGGGCGAAAUAACCAGCCACGUGUUGAAUUCAAUAUGAAUACAUCUUCCUUUGUAUUUGCCUGAUUGCCUUGGUUCAUACUUUCUGAUUUUUUUUUUUUUUUUUUUGUCAAAUUCAAAACUCAGAUUGUUUCUCUAGGAGACUAGCCGGGCAUGAACUUAGCCCCCCUCCCCCCACCCCCCUUGGGCCUGCUGUGGGUGAAGAAUAAUUUGGACAAACUCUGACACUAGCCUUUGCUCCUUGUGUGCAUUUUUGGGGAACCUUUUUGGUCUUCCAAGUAAUUCAGUCGACAAAGGUGAUACUUGGACUUCCGUUAUGCUUUUCACCCUUUAGAGUGAGUUCAAAAUGACCGCAUUACCCAAGUCAAAAAAGUCAGUUAAAGCUCUUUAUUCGUAAUGUUAAGCGAAUAACGUGCGUUCGAAGAGGUGCUUUACUGCCAGUUUUAAUAGUUUUUUCUUUUUAAAAGCAUAAAACAGAAAUUAGCCUUGUAGUCAUCAGUAUUGAUGGAGGGUAGAAGGACCAGCUGUUCUGUGCUAAUAUUCAGGCAUCUCAGUGCCAUAUUUCACCUGGGCCCACUCUGUCUCUGUUUCCACUGUUUGCGAUAGCCAUUUGAAACAGGCUUUUUUCAGGCUGGGGAAGAAAUGGCUGAACAGUGCUGUCCUUGUCUGAGGCUUUGAGGCCAGGUUUAACUGCCAGUAGUUU